UUAUUCGAAAAUGUCCAACUCGUCUCAGUGCACAUGUGGAAAACAUAAAUAGUUGCACAAUUUGGUUAUAUUUAACUCACUAAUGGCGCUAUAUUGCCAAUAUUUAUCAAUAACAAUUAUUUCAGUAUUUAUAUUAACGACAAACUCGUUGURCUAUGGCGAUGUCGAGGGCGACAAAUACAUAAUUUUAGACCAGUCGUCAUCCAACACAGCGGAUUUCUACUCAAGUCUCUUUGAUUCACAAGGAAAUCUGGACUCAAGAAAACUAAAAGAACAUUAUAAUAGACAACGGAGAGGUGUACAACUACCCAGGGAUGCUGAUCACAAUGAUACACAGCUUGUAAGUGCAACAGAGUACGAAUUUCAUGGUGAUAACCAUACCGUUGCCUUCCUGCACUGGUCGGGAACAAAAAGUCAGGUUAUUUAUAUUUACACUUCAAACCAUCAAGGAAUAAAAGAAACUUCUGUUGGCAAUGUUUAUUUUAAUAGUGCUUACAUAUGGAGAUCCACCAACUAUGGGACAACGUUUAACCGUGAAGAUCCAAAAAAGUUCAAUAAAAGUUCUAGUGUUAAUGGCAUACGGUUCUGUGAUACUAAUAAUCAGAGGGUGGUUGUGUUUGAUCAAGCUAACAAGAUUGUGUAUGUAUCUGAUGAUGAAUGUUGUAAAUGUUUUUUGAAGGUGGUUGUGUUUGAUCAAGCUAACAAGAUUGUGUAUGUAUCUGAUGAUGAAUGUGUGAAGAGUCUUCGUGGUGUCCUCCUUGCCAAUACAUUAGCAUCCAGUCAUAUCAUCAAGACUUACAUCUCCUUUGAUAAAGGUGGCAACUGGAAAAGACUAAAUGUCCCAGAGGAGUCUAARCAAACAUGCCGUCACCCUUACCACUGUUUUCUGAAUCUUCACAUGGUCCAUAGUUCCAAGUAUUACCAGAUAACUAGCAUCUUGUCUUCCAAGUCUGCCGUUGGCUUGAUAAUGGCUCAAGGUGAUGUUGGUCUAACACUGACAACGUCUCCURAUGUCUUUCUGUCUGCUGAUGGUGGGCUAACAUGGAAAAAGGUUCUAGAUGGCAGAUAUGAUUUCGUUUUCGGUGACCAUGGGGGAAUUAUUGUUGCCGUGCCUAUUAGGAGCUACACAAAGACUGUCAGGUAUAGCUGUACUGAAGGCAAUCAUUGGAAGAAUAUAACAUUAGAUAAAAAAGUCAAGGCGUACGGUCUGGUUACCGAACCAGGUGACACAACGCUGAUUGCCAACAUAUUUGGGCAACAUGAGUCUCCAGUCUUUGAGUGGCUGUCAGUCAAAGUCAAUUUGUCAUCUGUAUUUCUAAGAAAGUGUGAUAAGAACCUAUCAGACUAUGUUGACUGGACACCAAAUGACGAGAGGAUGACAGGAAAUUGUCUUAUGGGUGAGCUCAUGGUAUACGAGCGACGUAAAGCCAAUAUGUCUUGCUUCAAUGGAGAAGAAUAUGAUCGAGAAAUCAGUAGCAAGUCAUGUAACUGUACUAUGGAAGAUUUUACUUGUGACUUUGGGUUUGUCAAGACUGAUAGCGGUGAGUGUUUUUCAAGUGGUGAUGAAUAUGUUGUACCAAAGAAUUGUCCUGAGCUCACGACAUACAAGCGAACUUCAGGAUAUCGCAAAGUACCAGGUGACAGAUGUGUUGGUGGCAUUGAAGACAACUUUAAGUCUAAAGAUACUUUGUGUCCAGUUCAAGGUCCUUCAGGGCUGGCUAUUAAUGUAGAGAGUUCUACAAUUCCAUCCUACGAGAUCAACACUUUUUAUCUUAUUCAGCAAAAGGGUUCAACCAAGACAACUUGGUAUAAAUGGAACUUUGGCGACAGCUUUCCAUCAGUGACCCUUACAGGAAUCGAACAAGCUAAACAGAUACAGCAUAAUUACACCGAACAUGGGACCUUUAAUGUGACACUCACGGCAAAUAAUAGUGUGGGUUACGACACARCAAGAAUAGUUGUCGAAGUCAUAGAUAAAAUUAAUAGUCUUCGUAUAAUACGACCAUAUGGGAUACUGGUUGGUAUCAAUGCCACAUUCAACAUCACUUUGUAUUCUAACCAUGGUUCUGACUGGACGUCCUACCAUGGCUUUGUGCACUUUGUGUGGACGUUUGAUGUGGAUUCCAGGGAGAAGCCUCUGUUGACAUGGGAACGAACUGUCAGUCAUGUGUACACCAAGGCAGGGAAAUACUUGGUUAAAGUGAAUGCUAUCAAUGAUGUUAGUACUGCCUCGGCUACCAUACCCAUAAUUGUCCAUGAUGAAAUACGAACCAUUCAAUUGACGUUCGACGAACAACUCGACAAAGAAAACAAAGGAACGAUCGAGUGGAGGGAGGAGUUUGCUAAUAUGGUGCUGUACACAAUCGUCCAGUCUCUUCCUAUCGCUGAAAGUCGUCUUGAGGUGUUUGUUAGUGCUCAAGUACAUCCUUACGUCGAAGUCAACAUUAUUCAAAGAGACGACAACAAUACCAUCACAAUGGAUGAGGCAGUUCAGAGAAUCAAGAAGUUAGUCGAAGAAGGUCGUUUUGAGGUUACAUUUGAAGAUGGAGAAUCUACGAAAGCUACGUAUGCCGAAGUGAUUGAUCGCAAUGCAGGAAAGAAAAAGCCUCCAAAGACUACAGACGAAGAGGUUGACAUCCGUCUUCCUAUCGCGAUUUCAGUAGCAGCUUUUGUUGUCAUAGCAUUCUUAGCAGCUGUAAUCUUCUACGUGUAUAGGCGGUACAGAUGGUUUUACACCAGAUAUCACCGUCUGUCCAUGAAUGGAGGGGAUGGAUUUGUCUCAAUGAAUCGUACCAGCCAGGAAAGUCUUGGUGUUAAUAUGGUUGAUGAAGCGGUAUCAUAUCACGUGCCUGCAUCAGACAUCGCUACUAUGGAAGAUAGUGAUGAUGAGCUGUUGCUAAAUGACGUCACGGGAUCAGGACGUGUUCUUGUGAUCAAUGCAGAUAAUGAGGAAGAUGUAACACAGUCAAACAGCGUACAAGCUUGAUGAACUGCAAUUCUAGACGAUAAUCAUCUCUAGUAUGAAAUAUAGCAUGGAAGAGCUUCCGAUCAGUCAUUCAACGAUCAAUUACAUCGGCGUUGAUUUUGAAAUACAAUUCAACUGAUGAUCUCAUUGACCAAAAUAUGGAAAAAUGAACGCUAAYAAUGCAAAAUACUGCUCAAGCUGCGGAUAAUUGUGUGCGUAUAAGAGUAAAUUGAAGCACCAUCCCUCUACAAUAAACAUGUCUACCAUGAAUAAUAUCCUGGUGAUUAGAUAACACUCAAGUUGGCAAUAAUAUAUGUUAACAAAUUUUCUAUGGAACGUAAAACAAAUGUUAUCAACAUUAAUGAUCAUUUAUGUGAUUGAGUUUUGCAGCUGAUGCGGUGUCCAUGAUUUUUAUGGCUUUAAAUUAACGUUUGCAUAUAAACCAAUACACUACAGUAAGGCCUUUCAAUUGUUUUCUAUAGUGUCUAUCACACCUUGGUUGUCUACCUUUGGUUAUUAAGCUUGAGUUCGAGUCCACCAAGCCGGUCACCAUAUUUGUUUUAGUCUUUCCAACACUAUGGUGCCACUUUUGUUCUCAACUCGUUAAAUAUUUUAGCUUAUUGACACUUUUUCUCUCUUUCCUUUGUAUUUUGGUUUUUCUUAAAUCAUUGCACUUUAGUUAUUGCACUUUGUUUCACAAUUUUUUAAAAUCACGCGUUAACUGUUAUCACUCAUAUCAAGCUUGUAAUAUAGUUGCUUCAUGAAAACUACACCCUGAUCAACUACACAGCCUAAUCAACUACACAGCCUUUGUCGUUGUUUAGUACCAAUAAAAUAGUUGAAAUUAUACUCUUAAAUGUACUUUUGUGUAAAACGAGUGAAGCCAAAAAAUCUGUGAAAUAGAUGUUACACUAAAUACACCUUGGUACGCCCUGA